AUGUACAUAGAACUUAACUCUCCAAGCCAUCGUCAAUUCCGUGAGUACCAUGAAGGCCAUCGUCCUCACGCAGGGCUUGACCCAUCACGAACUUCCACGGGUGUGAUCUGGGUUAUGGAUCGAGCUACCGAACAUGGCUUUCAAGAUGACCCUUCGGCAUGGGCUAAUCUAGGCCAAGGAGCACCUGACGCCGAUGAUGAUAUAGAAGGUAGCUUUCAUCGCCCAACAUCUAUUCCUAUUAGUUCCACGGGCAGAGAGUAUGGACCGACGGCAGGAAUUAAACCACUACGAGAGGCUGUUGCAAACCUAUACAAUGAGUUUCACAGGCAGGAAAAACAGCAGUACACAUGGGAAAAUGUGUGCAUUGUACCUGGCGGGCGCGCGGGGUUGAUCAGGAUUGCCGCAAUAUUAGGAACAUCGUAUCUAGCUUUUCCGAUCCCAGAUUACUCCGCAUACUCAGAGAUGUUGUCAUUGUUUAAAAAUUUUGCAUCUUUUCCUAUACCCCUGGCAGAGUCGGACGGAUAUCAUGUCCACCCUGACAAAAUCGUGGAAGAAAUAGCUCGUGGCACCUCCGUUAUAUUGACUUCUAACCCUCGAAACCCUACAGGUCACGUUAUAUCGGGCCCUGAGCUCGCAGAAAUCCAAGGCAUUUGUCGUGGAAGAGCAACGCUUAUCUUGGAUGAAUUCUAUUCUGGGUACAACUAUACCACCAACUGUGAUGGAAACACCACCAGUGCGGCCCAAAAUGUUAUCGAUGUAGAUCAAGAUGACAUCCUACUUCUGGAUGGUUUGACCAAACGCUUUCGUCUUCCGGGAUGGCGGAUCGCUUGGAUUAUAGGUCCGAAGGCAUUUAUUUCUGCAUUGGCUGCUGCAGGAUCCUACCUGGAUGGUGGCGCGAAUGUUCCGUUUCAAGAAGCAGCAAUCCCGAUGCUUGAACCCACCCUUGUUCGAGCCGAAAUGAAAGCUAUCCAAACGCACUUUCGCAAGAAGAGGGACUAUGUUCUCGACCGCCUAAGGCGCAUGGGGUUUCAGUUCAAAAUCAUACCAGAGGCAACGUUCUAUAUCUGGCUCGAUUUAACCAGCCUUGACCCACCUCUUCCGGCCUCAGCCAACAUUUCAGACGGUCUGAACUUCUUUGACGCGUUGUUAAAAGAGAAGGUCAUUGUAGUCCCGGGAAUAUUUUUUGAUCUUAACCCGGCAAAGAGGAGAGAUUUGUUUGAUAGUCCCUGUCAUCAUUUUGUCCGCGUAAGUUAUGGGCCCAAGAUGUGUGUUUUGGAGAGAGGAAUGGACGGUAUGGAACGGAUUAUAAAACAGGCAAGAGGAGAGGGAGAUGCUGCUUGCAUGUAA